AUGUAAAAUAUUGAUAAACAUAUCAAUUUUCUUUGUUCAAAAAUUAAAGGGGAUGAAGGAAUAAAAUACCCAAAAGAAAACAUUGAGUAUAGUUCUGAAGCAUAGUUGUAUUUUAAAGAGAAAUUUCCUAUUGUUUUAUCAAAAAUGAAAUUCAAAUUACAAAAAAAUUAGUUUUAAGAAUUAACAAAUGAUGAAGAUUUCUUGUUAUCUUAUAUGAAACUAUAUAAAUUGGAUAACUCUCAUUAAAUAUUCAAUAAUGCUUUAUAAUGGUUUAUCAAUCAUAUUAAUAAUCCAGAAAUAUUAUCAUUUGUAAUGGAUGAAAUCUCUAAAGAAUAUUAAUUUAAUGAAGAUUGGGCUGAAGAGACUGUACCAAAAUUAAUUGAAUAAAUUAUGAAGGACUAUCAUGUAAGUGAUAUGAUAGAAAUUAUUGUGUUUAUUUUGAAAAAUACUAAUUUUAAUUUGGAAUUAAUCUUAAAACAUAUAACAACUUCAUUAAAAUUAGCUAAACCAAAGAAAUCUUAUCAAAAAAUAGAUGAUAUGCAUCCAUUAUUGAAUUUAAUUACUAAAAUAGUAUCAGUAUUCUCUCCAUAAUUAGAAUAAGUAUAAUAAACAUACAAUUUAAUUUUGGCUGCUUAUAGACAUUUUUUUAGAGAUUUAUUAAGGAAUUAUGUAACUUAAUCAUAAGCUUCUGCUGUAGGUGAGUUUCUUAUUUCAUUUAGUACUCAAAUUCCAGAGAAGAUAGAUUCUAUAUUUUGUUCAACUUAAUUGAUUACAUUAUUAGUCAAUGAGAUAGCUAAUACUAUUAGUUAUUUAUAAUAUGAGAAAAAAUUAAUGUCCUAAUAGAAAUUAAAAUUAUUAGAUUUAGUAAUCAACUUAUAUAAUGCAGAUAGAUUAUAUUAGAUUAAUUUUUAUUUCAAUUUUUAUGAUAUAAAAUAAUUACCUGAUGGAGAUUGUUUAUUAUGUUAAUAUAAAGAUUAAAAAAUGUAUUAAUUAAUUGAAACUGAAACUGAAAAGAAAGAAAAGUUAAUUGAGUGUUGCAAAGGAUGUUUUUGUACUUAAUUAUAAUUAAGUAAUAAUUAUGAAGAUUAAGUAUAUUUACCUACUAUAACAUAUGGUCAUGCAUGCAAAAGUAAUAAUAAUUGGAUGAAACUCUAUUUUGAAAAUUAUCUUAUUACUUAAUGUUUACAUAAUGGAAAACAAAAUAAAAAAUCAAAAUCAAUUAGCAUAUAAAAAUUAGAUGAAAUUGCUUAAUCUUUAGAAUAAAUGUAAAUUGAUUAUAAUAGAUUAUAAGAUAUACAUAUGUAUUUAUGGUAUUUCUCUUAUAUGAGUAUAUUAUUCCAAUAAUUAUUUUAAACUUAUUAAAAUAUUGAAUUAAUUUUAUUAGCUUUUUUUGAAGAUAAUUCUAUUUAGGUUAGAGCAAAAGUACUACAUUAAUUUGAAAAUUAUUGUCUAAAGGUAGCUAAAAUGCAAAUUCCAAAAAAUUAUUGUAAAAUAUAUUAUUAAAAUACUAGAAUUUAGUUUAUUUAAUACUUAAAAUAUAAUUGAAAGGAUAAAAUUGAGAGCAUAAGAUAUAUCUAAAUAAAUUAGAGCAAUGAUAGUAUAAACAUUAUUGAAAUUAUGGAAAGAAUGUAAAAUCACAUGUCUUGACAUUAUUAUUAAUAGAAUGCAAGAUAUUGAAAUAUUUGUUAGAACCAAAACAAUUAAAUAUUGUUUAGAGUUUAUUGAUUUAUUUAAAGAAUUAUAAUCUAAUGAUCAAAUCAGAUUUUUUGAAGAAGUCUCAAAAAGAUUAGAAGAAAAAGGAGAAAUUGGAGAAAUUUCAGCCUAAUUGAUACUAUUACUUCUAGCUACAGAUUCAAAAAAUAGAGAUUAAGAAAUUGCAGAUAAAAUUUUAGAAUUAACUAUUGAGACUAAUAAUUAUAAAAUAGAUUAUGAUAGAAUAUAAAGUUUAAUAGAUAAAUUGUCUGAUAAUAAUAAAAUUAUUGAUAAGUAAGGAAUUUUACAUUCAUUUAUAUUGAGACUUAUUUAACUUUCUAAUAGUUGUAUUGAUGUUAAAGAAACUAAGUAAUAAAUUAAUUAAAUAGAAAAUGUUUUAAAAUUGAUUUAAAUCAUAAUAAAUUAAAAAAAUCAUGCUUAAUAAUAAACUUUCAUUAAAUAAAUUGAUAAUAUUAUGUAAAUUACAUCUUAUUUUUUGAAUAAAUAAGAAGAAUCUCUCGAUACUCCUUUUGUAAAUAUACUAAAUGGAUUGUUUAAGAUUUUAGUCUUUUGUUUAGAAGAUCUUAAUUCUAAUGGUAGAAGAAAUUAUGAUAAAAUUCCUUUUUAAUUAACUAAAAAAUUAACAAAUUAACUUGAUUACUUAAUUAUUUUUAUAGAAAAGAUUAUAUAUAAAAUUCAUCCAAAAACAGCAUUUGUUAAGACAAUAUUUACUUUAUCAACAUUAUUAGAUUUGAGAUAUACAAAAAAAUAUGAAAAUAUUUAUUCAAAAUUUGAAAUAGUUAUGAAAUUAAUUUUAGUAAAAGCUGAAGAAAAUCCUGUUAGCUUUUAAUUUGGUUUAAUUGGAUUUUGUUAAAUUUUUGAAUAUUUUGAAUAUUUUAUAACUAAAACUACUAAAGAUAUAGAAUCUUUUUUAGAAUCUAUGUAGACAUUAUAUAAUAGUUUACUUGAAUUUUCUAAAGAAAAAGCUGCAUAAGAAGAGAUUAUUUUUACAUUAUCUAAGAUGUGGGAGAAAUUGCCUUAAUUAAUGUUUGAAAGUAGUGAAUUUUUGAAAGAAAAUUUGAAAGAAAAUACUUUUUAAGAACCUAUAAUAAUAGCAAUUUAUUAAAUUUUUUAUGAAUCAAUUUUAGAAGCAAAUAAUUAAGCUUAGAAAUAAUAAUUUAGUUAGAUAGUAGAUAAAAGCUAGCUUGCAUUUAUGAUUAAGGAUAUAUUUAAUGUAGUAUUUUAAUAACAUAUUUUACAUCCAAAUAAAAAUAUAAGGGUUUUAGUUUUAAAAUUAAUUGAAUUACUAUUUGAUAAUUAACUCUCUAUUGCACUAUAAUUUGGAGAUUAUUUGAUAGUAGCUUUAAUGAAUGAUGCUGAUAUUGCUGAACCAAUUUUAAAAAAGUGUAUUGAAGUUAGACCUGAACAUAUGUUAUUAUAAUUUCCAAAGGGAAUUAAAUUAAUGAUAUAAAAUUAUGCUUUACUAAAACCAUAUUUUACUGGUUUAGAUAAUUUACUUAAGAAUUAUACAAUAUCAAAUAAUUAGGUAUUUAGCCAUUCUGUUCAUUAUGAUGUUUGUGCUUAAAAAUUUAGUGAUUUUUUGUUAUAUUUAGAUGAAUCAUAUUUUUUAAAUAAGAUUGAUAGUAGAACAUACUUUAAUUAAGCUUAAUUUAUUUUAUAUUAAAUAAUACAUUUAUAAUAUUUAUCAAAACAAGAGAUUAAAUUAAUUUUAAAGGCUUUAUUGAAUAGAUUUGAUGAUUUUUUAAGUAGAAUAGAAAGAAAAUUGUAAUAAUUAAGUGUUGAAAAAGAUUAUUAAAUUAUAAAAGCUAUUCUUCUAAAAUUAUUUUAUGCUUAUUAACUUGUUGUUAAACCUGAAUAAAUUUUUGGUGAAAAUAAUUAGACUUUAAGAUAAAUUUAUUAAAUGAAAGUUAUGAAACGAAAAUCUUAAAAAAGAUUAAGUAAAAAAAUAGAAAAAGAAAUCUUCUGUUUUGAAAUAUGUCCAAAACAUAUAAAUAAAUUUAAUUAAUAUGUUAAUUCUAGUGAAAUGAAUCUUUAAAUUUAGGAUAGUGAUUUAUCAGAUAGUGAAUAAGACAAAAGAUAGAGUGUUGGAAAAGAAAAUAAAUAUAAAUAAGAAUUAGAAUUAAUUGAUGAAUUAUUAGAUUUUGAAUUAGGAGAUUCAUUAAAUAUGUUUAAAUUAUUUGAUGAAUUGGGUAUCUUUGAAGAAGUAGAAGAAAAACCUGAAAAUAAAUUAUAAGAAGAAGUAAUUGAAGAACCUGAAGAAGAAGUUUCAUAACCAAAAAAAUCAAGAAGAAAAACAACAAAAAGAAAACCUAGAAAAUAUUGA